AGGAAGGGGCGGGGCCAAAGAUAGGAGGAGGGAUAUGGUGCUAUCAUCAUGGCGGGAUGCAUGAAAAUGAUAAACGGUUUCUUUUCUACAAAUGCUAAAUUCAUAUUCUUCAUGGUGCUGCUUACAGCUUUACCUCAAACCUCACACCAAGAUACGGGAAACAAACCUCCAGUAAUUGAUCUCCGGGAUGGACAGGAGUAUGCCAUGUCAGGGUCCAGCAGGUUCUGUUACAAGAACUCUGUUGUGCCAACAUGGAGGCAAACAUGGACAAGAAUUCAGGUCAAAGUGUGGAGUUCAAACGUGUUUAAUGUGGAAACUGUGGAAGGUGAGGAGGAGCUGCAGGAGCUGGAGCGCUUCAGUGUCUGGGGCUGGUUCCAGAGCUUUUUACGUGAGCGGCACAAUGAAACCACAAUUAAUAUCGGUCUGUUCAGCAAAAAGACGUGCUUCAAGAUCGACCCUGCUGAUAAAACUCAGUACACUGUCAAGCCCAUGCGUAAGUUUGAUAUCUAUUUGUUUUUGGUAUUCCUUGCUGGAGUGUUGUUGUUCAUCUGUGCAGACUCACUCAGCAGGAGUCAAGUCUUCUUCUACUCUGCUGGUAUGAGCACAGGCAUGAUCGCCUCUCUCAUCAUCCUCUUUUUCAUUUUGGCACGCUUUUUGCCAAAGAAAAGCCCUUUUUAUGUGCUGAUUGUUGGCGGUUGGUCAUUUUCUCUUUACGCCAUCCAGCUUGUCUGCAGGAACCUCAACAAAAUUCUGCAAGAACACUGGCACGUGGCAUUAGGUUAUGUAGCAGUGGUGGGAUUCAUCAGUUUUGCUGUGUGUUACCGUUACGGUCCUCUGGUGGAUGAGAAGAGCAUUAACAUCUUGUCGUGGACGCUGCAGCUAUUUGGCCUGCUCUUGGUUUAUUUAGGAAUUCAGAUUCAGCAAGUUGCCUUCGCCAUCAUCGUGGCAGCUUUGUUCUCCAAAAAUCUGGAGUAUCCAGUCUCUCUGGCAGUUGUUGCAUGGAGGAAAAUCAAACGGUAUGUUCACUGGAAGCCAGAGCCACGGCGCUUGUUGACUGAGGAGGAGUAUAUAAAGCAGGGGGAGGAAGAGACUCGGCAUGCACUUGAGGAGCUGAGGAAGUACUGUAACAGCCCAGAAUUCAGCCCGUGGAAGGCAGUGUCCAGACUUCAGUCCCCGAAAAGAUUUGCUGAUUUCAUCGAAGGGUCACCUCACUUGAUGUCAAAUGAGGUGUCUGUCCACGCACAGGAAUAUGGCUUUGGAGGAUCUUUUUUUGAGGAUGAAUUUUUUGACACAGACGACGAAGACGACGAUAUUAAACCUAUGAUGAAACCAGAGUGAGACGGCACAGCGUUGGGGACGUAUGAAAAUAGAAACCGUUAUUGCCUUUCAGAAAGGUGGCCGGAGAACAGCUCUCCACGGCUCCUGUGCAAACGUCCAGGCUGACUUUGGGUGUUUAAGAAAAGCCUGGAUUGUAAUUUCAGUUACAAUGACAAUCACAGGCAGAAUAGUGUGUUCAGAUCUGUUAUCAGAAUACAUAAUUGGUAGUGUAAUUUGAAUUUGCACUAAAGCCAGAUCUCUUUUUUUAGGGGGAACAAAGGCUUCUGUUAAAAUACAGUGAAUCUCAGUGAUUGACACUGGUUAGUGGUCUAAGCAAUUUAACUUUUACUCUGGGAACAUAGUCUGUGUUGUCUUAAGUCUUAGCUUAGCAAAGGUUUUACGUUUUCAUUUUCAAAACAUAGUGUUCACAGCCUUUAGGCUCUAAAUGGGCUCACUGCAAUGAGAGCAUCAAGAUGUACAGUACAUCAUAUGAUGAGUUCUCGCCUCUCUACAUGGCAGCGUUUUUUCUCGCUUUGUGCAUCGGGGAGGAAACGUUGGUCAAGUUUGUAUUUUACUGUUUUCAUGUUAAUGGACAUUAACCUGUGGAAGUGUCCCAAAGUAUUUUGAAUAAAAAAAAAUGUAUUUGAGCUCUGA